AUGGCAAUCGAAAACCUCGGUGUCGUUUUCGUACUGCUUUCCGUGAGCCUGACUGCAGCAACGAUCGUACGAGGUGGAGGAGUUAGAAAAGAAGUGGCCAUGGACGGGCUCAAGGGGAAUCCUGGACUUCUGUUGCGGAUAAAUUCCAAAGCGUUUUCCAUUCUGAAGCCUAUAAUCGUAAAAACCAUCGAAGAACAGGUCAAAUCGAUGCAGUCAAAGCAAAUGGUAGCGGAACUGAAGAAUGGCCAAAUCAGCAUUAAAGACAUUGUUUUCCAGCGAUAUCAAAAGCCAAACCACGUCAGCAUAACUCUCGAAAACACUCCAGCUCAACAAGGACAGCUGAAUACGAAGCUGCAGCGAUGUGAGGUAAAUAUAUUUGAUGUGGAUUUCGAUCUCGAACGGCCGGGAAUAUUUGGUCCCCUGAUUCGAAUUUUCAGACGCAGAGUGUACGCGAAAAUAUUCGACGGCGUCAACAGCUAUAUCUGCGCGAAAGUUCGCGAUUUAGUGGAGAUGAACCUCAACCGAUACUUGUCGAUUUUGCCCACCAAUGUUCCGAUGAUGCCCGAUGCAAAAAUACUGGUAGAUGGUGAAAGCAGCCGAUCGGCGAUCGACAUGUUCCUGAACAUCCCCGGCUUGCGUUUCGACACGCCAAGCAAAGUAGCGUUGCUAAGAAAGCUGGUAAUUGACCUGGCGUUGGUCACCGACCCAUUCAUAACAAAUCAAUACGCGGAAACAGCCCACGUCGGAGCAAUUACCUUCAACGAUCAGAAGACGGUCCCGUUUCAUCCAAAGACCAUCCUUCUGGGCCCAUAUAAGCCGACACGCUCAUUCGCUGUCAUCGCGUCUGACUUUGUCAUCAAUUCGUUUCUGUACUCGCUGUUUCAAAGAAACGUUCUGCACCUGGACUUCCAUCCGAAAUUUGCGCCCGAACUCAGAGAUAUUCUCCAAGUUCCGUGCAGUUCUCAGUUCUGUCUUGGCGCUGUCGUACCUACCUUUCAAACCACAUAUCAAGGGUAUAACGUGGCAGUACUCUUCGCGCCGGUAGUUGCUCCAGCCGUAGUAUCCUUCAAUAACCGCGUUGACUUCCUGACCGACGGUCUGCUGAAAGUCCUCGCCAGAAACGGUAGUUCUACAAAAGAAGUCCUCAUUGCAAGUCUGAAAAUGAGAAAAGGCUAUCAAAUUCCUAAGAUCGAUGCUUUUGAGUUGCUAAAUCCUGUAUUGAUCAUCAGGCGAAACGCGUUCAUCAUCGACAGCGACAUCGACCUCCCACUUUCUGCCAUUGAAAUGAUGGUAGCCCAUCUUCUCAGCUAUUAG